CUAUCUAGAUAAAUGUUAAACCUGUCUUCACACACUUUACAUCUGGCAACCCUGUCCUUCGGAUCCACCUCUCCUUCUCUCCUUUUUAUAUAUUUGUGGUUAUUUAAAGUUGAAAAUUCUAAUUAUUCCUGUUGACCAGGAUAUGCUGUGUCGAAAGAUGCCAAUACUUUGGGUGCUGUUGACCCUAAUUGUCUCUUCCUCUUCAAGCUCUGCAAAAACGCGGCGAGGUGGACCAAGGUUUAACGCUGGGAAGACGUACAAAUACAGUUACACCGUGGAACUCCAGUUAGACAAAGGAGAAACGUCUGUUGAUGAGAGUGCCGGAUUUAAAAUUGUGUCCAACGUCAAUGUUGACUUGUUGUGGAGAAACUCAAGCAAUGAAGAUGACCAACUUAUUCAAAUAGCGAUAACUGAUGUCAAACUUGAAAAUGUGAGUGAACGAACAGAUGACAAAAACAUCUUUAAAGAUGCCAACGGAGAAGGAAUCCUGGGGAAACGGGAUCUGGCAACCUUGAAGAAUCCAGUCCUCCUUCACUGGAUCAAUGGGAAGGUGAAUACCUUUUACUCAUUUUCAAAUGAGCCAGUGGUGCUUCAGAACAUCAAGAGAGGCCUGGCCAGCUUGUUCCAAGUACAACUCAGAUCCACAACUGCCACUGAGGUUGACGUCUCUGGGAAAUGCAAGGUUAACUACCAGGAACACCAUCAGCAGCUCACCAAAGUGAAGAAGCUGGACAGCUGCAAGGUGGCAAGGAGAGGGUUCACCAGUCAUACCAAGGUUUUAGGAGUUAAUACCACGUCACUAUCAGCGAGCAUUUACGUAAUGGAGAAGAAUUUAAUCCAUUCAGUAUUAUCGGAGGAGCAUUAUCUGAUAUCUCUCAAUCUUCGGCAAGAACUUGCGGUUAAAAUUGUAUCAAUACAGAAGUUGGAGUUUCUAAUGCUAGCACCCGGACGGAAAGAAAUCCACGGAGAUCUGAUUAGCAGUCUUAUUAAUUCGGUGAAUCCCAAGUAUGUCCCCAUCUCUCUGAUUUCUGGAGUCGUCAAAGCAGGAUGCAAAGGAUGUCCUUCACUUGCUGAAUACUGGCAGUCUAUUCGCAUUCAGCUGGAGCCUGAGAAACUCGCCAAAGCACCUGCCUCAAGGAACUUCUUAACUUUGAUUCAGGCUCUGAGAAAAGCUAAGAAGGAAGAGAUCCUGCAAAUCCUGAGAAAUGAGAGUGAUAGCAUACUCCCCCAAUUAGUCGAUGCUGUAACCUCUGCUCACACUGCUGCUUCUUUGGCAGCGAUGCUGGAGUUCCUGGAUUUUCGAAAUGACAGCAGCUUCAUCCUGCAGGAGAGGUUCCUGUAUGCCUCUGGUUUUGCCCCUCAUCCCACAGAAGAAUCGCUCAAAGCCUUAAUGGGAAUACUUAAUGAAAAAAUUGGGAGUAACGAUAUCCGAGAAACUGUUGUUAUUAUCAUCGGGGCCCUUGUCAGAAAAUUCUGCAAGAAAGGACAGUGUGAACUACCGAUAGUGAUUAAAGCAAAAGAAAUGAUAAUGGAAGGGGCAAAAGCAGCGACAAAGGAAUCUGAGAUUCUGAUGUACCUUCUUGCUUUGAAGAACGCCCUCCUUCCUGACGCAGUUCCCAUUUUACUGAAACAUGCAGAGGCUGGCUCUGGACCUGACAGCAACAUUGCAGUCUCUGCUAUCCAGAAAUAUGAGCAGCAAUUCAUCACAGAGGAGGUGAAAAAGGUGAUGAACAGGAUCUACCAUCAAAGCCAGGGAAUCCAUGAGAAGACAGUGCGUGUGGCUGCUGCCGAUGUCAUCAUUAACAACAACCCCUCAUACAUGGAGGUUAAAAACAUUCUCCUCUCCAUCAGCGAACUGGUGCCUGAGAUGAGCAAAUAUUUACUCGCAAAGAUUCAGGAUAUUCUCCGCUUUAAACUUCCGGGCAGUGACAUGGUGUGGACGGUUCUGCAAGACACCGCUGUCCACAACUACGACCGUUUCGCCAAGAUUGGUUCCUCAUCGGCCUACUCGGGAUACAUGAAACAGGGCACUGACUCUACAUCCACCUACAGCCUAGACAUCUUGUACUCUGGCUCGGGCAUCCUGAGAAAGAGCAACAUGAACAUUUUUGUCCUCAGCCAGGAAUCACAACUGCACGCUACCCAGGUUGUGAUUGAAGCUCAGGGAUUGGAGAGUUUAAUAGCUGCCGCACCAGAUGAAGGGGAGGAGAAUCUCGAGUCCCUGGCCGGUAUGUCCGCUGUGCUGUUUGAUGUCCAGCUCAGGCCUGUCAACUUCUUUCGAGGCUACAGCGACUUAAUGGCCAAGAUGUUCACCACGACCAGCGAGCCAAUGAAUGUGGUCAAAGGGCUCAUUCUGCUCAUCGAUCAUUCCCAGGUCAUUCCAUUACAGUCAGGACUGAGAGCAGCCGUGGAUUUCCAAGGGGGUUUGGCCAUUGAUAUCUCAGGUGGAAUGGAGUUCAGCCUAUGGUACCGAGAGUCUAAAACCACCGUCAGUAACAGGGGUGCAAUGGUUGUAGUUGGCAACGUCACGGUGGACUCAUUGUUUGUGCGGAGCGGGCUGGAAGUGAGUGUCGAAACGGAGGCUUUGCUCGAUUUCGUCUCCACGGUGAAGUUCUCUGAGUACCCGUUCCUUGUCUGUAUGCAGAUGGUCAAAGAUCAGUUUCCUUUCAGGCAAUUGGUGACCAAGUAUGAAAGCUUAUCAUCAGGAAAAUCCUACACCUCUCGGAAAGGCAGGAAAUCGGUGGUACCUGGAUCAGAAUUUCCUCUCCACCAGGACAACUCAGACAUGUGCAGAAGGGUGUUUGCAAUGGAGGCGGACUCGUCAGAAUGGUUCUGAGAUGUGAUUUAUGA